AGCUAAAUAGUGCAUGCUGAAUCAUCACCGGCACAUUGCGAACAACGAGCCUUCCUGGUUUAUACAGACUGGCCGGGAUCGCACCUCCCCAUAUACGAUGAAAAAGUAGUUCAAGACUAGGAAGGUUCAAGCAACUGCUGGACUCCGGACACCCACUAAAUCGACGACUACCUUCUCGUGGGAGUUUCACCACAGUGUAACCCCUUAAUCCAAAGCAGUCCACAAGGUGGCGAGCGACUGACUGUAGCCCUCUCAAUGAAGCUCUUCCUACACCUCAAGAACAUCUACCCAUUGGAACAUCCUUCUCUAGGAAAGACUGGGUCAAAGCCAUCAAUCCCCCACCCACCGUGCCCAUACUACUGCAGGGAGAUGCCAAGGCUGGUUGAACUGACCCGAGUGUAUCGUGGCGUCAGUCGCGUCAGGGCCGUGUGGGGGACGCCACGGGCUUUUAGCACUGGCCGGCUCGCUCUUUCCAACCCUCAGAGGCUGGCACAAGCGAAUGAAGUGGCAGCGAUGAACGGAGAAACGGUCAGCUUCCCCUUCUCCAGGUCUCUUAUCGGCACUUUCUUCCAAGACAGGCCCAUCUUGGGAAAUCCGUUUCUAGAGGAUGUGCCAUUGCAGAGUUAUCUGAGGAGGCAUUUACCUCCGGAGGUUCUGAAUGGAGUGCAGGCCGAGCUGAUGAGCUUCGGACAAAGAGUGUGCAACGAGGUUGAUGCCCUCGGCCGGCAGUGUGAGGAAAACCCUCCGCGGCUGCAGCAGUACAACUCCUGGGGGCGCAGAGUGGACCACAUUGUGACCUGUCCAGCCUGGGGGCAGCUGAAGGACAUUUCAGCUGAAGAGGGGCUGGUGGCCACAGGAUAUGAACGACGAUAUGGAGAGUGGAGCCGUCUUCUCCAGAUUUCAAAGUUGUACCUGUUUUCACCCUCUGCUGGCCUCUUCACGUGCCCCCUGGCCAUGACUGACGGAGCUGCAAAGGUCCUUGAGUCGCUUGGUGCAUCAGGACCUUUGGAAAAGCCAUUUGAAAGACUCACUUCCCGGGAUCGGAAGCAGUUUUGGACAUCAGGCCAGUGGAUGACUGAACGGAAAGGAGGUUCCGAUGUUGCUGGAGGGACAGAGACAGUAGCCAAAGCGCAGCCAGAUGGCACCUACCGACUGUACGGAUACAAAUGGUUUACAUCUUCCACCAACUCAGAAAUGUCACUGACCCUUGGAAGGGUGGUGGACAGCCAAGGCCUCACCACAGAGGGCAGCAAAGGGUUAUCCCUGUUCUACCUUCCGGUUCGUGAUGAAGAUGGCAAUCUGAACAACCUUGAGGUUCAAAGACUCAAGGACAAGCUUGGCACGAGGCAGGUGCCCACAGCCGAACUGCUGCUGGACGGUACAAAAGCUUACUUGAUUUCAAAGGAAGGAAGGGGUGUGGCCUCCAUUUCUGGCAUGCUGACCAUAACCCGCAUUCACAAUGCCAUUAGUGCAGCGUCAGGCAUGAGGAGGAUCAUUAACUUGGGACGAGAGUAUGCCACAAAGCGGUUUGUGUUUGGAAAGUACCUUAAAGACCACCCUCUCCACAUGCAGACUCUGGCCAGAAUGGAGGUGGAGACACGGGGUGCAUUCUUGCUGGUAAUGGAACUCGCUCGGCUUCUGGGACGGGAGGAGACGGGCUCUGCCACGGAGCUGGAGCGGCACCUGCUGCGCCUUCUCACCCCCAUCGCUAAACUCUAUACAGGUAAACAGGCAAUUGCUGUGAUUUCUGAGGGUCUGGAGUGCUUUGGGGGUCAGGGCUACAUGGAGGACACUGGAUUGCCAUCCAUGCUGAGAGAUGCACAGGUGCUGAGUAUCUGGGAAGGCACAACAAACAUCUUAUCCCUUGAUGUCCUCCGUUCCCUGGUAAAAAGUCAAGGGCAAGUGCUGCAGGCCUUCUUCACGGACAUCAAGAAUAAGCUGGAGGUGGCAUCCCAGAAUCCAGCGCUGGCCGUUCCUGUGGGAGCUUUGAGCGGCUCCCUUCAGAGACUGAAGCAGUUUAUACAGAUCUCUAUGGACCGUGGUCCCGAUUUUAUGGAGCUCUCAGCACGCGACUUUUCCUACAGCCUGGCCCGUAUUUACAUGGGUACUCUGCUCUCAAGCCACGCCGCCUGGGAGGGAUCCUCUUCAUCCGACGUCUAUGCUGCUCAAAGAUGGUGCGAGCAGGACUUGUGUCCCGUUUCUACCAAUGAGAAGACAUGCUGCUACAACAAAGAGACCUUCACCCAAGACACUGCCUUGGUUUACGACAGCAGCCCACAACCCCGUGGACGACUGUAACAACUCAGUGCUGCUCUCACCUCCUCUCAUUUGGGGGUCUACCACUGUACUACCAAGUUAAUGAAAUAUGAAAAGCAAACUGUGCUGUUUGACUUGAUUGGUGCCUCCCUUUACAAAAAUAAAUUGGGUAACAUUUACACUAAUAAUGGAACUAAAGGGACAGGACUGGUUAGCUUUUUUGGGCCAGGUGGCCUGUUAUCAUCCAAAUCUUUCUAAUAAUAUGAAUUCUUAAAGUGCCUUAUGUACAAACUGUUCUUAUAUCUAGACAGUGGUAGCAGAAACUUAAUUUGUAAAGAGCACAUUUACUUACUAGAAGCCGCACAAAUUGUACUCUGAAUUUUUAUUUUUAGGAAAUCAACCUUAAUAAAAGGAAAAGCGUCCAAGUAUCUUU